AUGAAGACAGCGGUCAAGUCCAAGUUACAAAAGCGAACAAAGAGUUUCCUGCCGGUGCUUCUAAUCGCCCAGUGUCUGUGUAUGGCCUGUGGCCAGGGAAGUCGGACUUUGCCGCAGAAAUGCACGAAUUCGUUGAUAAUUGGCGGGCCAGUAACUAGCACUACAGUGGCCUGUCGCUAUCUUGAGCUUACAGCGUUUCCUGAGGGCAUUCCUGCUAUAACAAUCGUCUUGGAUCUCCAGGGGAACGCCAUCAGGAACCUAACGGAUGUCCCGGUGCUGAAGAAUCUCAUCCGCCUCUUUCUGCAAAACAAUCGCAUCGAGACCGUGGACUGGGAAGCCCUCGGAAAUCUGCCAUCUUUGAAGUCGCUGUCCUUGAAGCGUAACCGACUCACCCACGUCAGCCUUGAUCUCGCCCUGCAGAAGUUGCUAUCGCUGGCGUUUGUAAGUCUGGAGUUCAACCAACUCGCAUCCUUCACUAAAGAACAGCUGGGGCAUCCCACUCUGACGUCAGUAAAGAUUAGAGGCAAUCCGUUUGACUGUAGCUGUGCCAUGUUGUGGAUGAUGACUGAUCUCAAAUGCAUGCAUCAACAUUAUUCGCUGUUUGACCAUUGCGAGAGAUGUGACGCCUGCGCGAUCCCCAACUAUCCCGAGCCUGAGAGUUAUAAAUGCACCAGCCCGGCUCAUCUGAAGGGACUCUCUUUGACUAGCGUCGCACAACAACUGACCAACUGUGGGGAUGAAAAACUCGCCUCAACAACCGCGAAGACGACCGCACAUGCAGUAACAACACAAUAUCAAGACCACGAAACCGCCACCAAACAACUUGAUCAUUAUCUUGAGAAUCACAACAACGCCACUUCUCUUCAGUCAACCGAUCGCCAAGAUUCCCAGGCUCAUCUGAAGGGACUCUCUCUGACGAACGUCUUACAGCAUCUGUCCGACUUGGGGGAUGACAACCUCGACUCCACAUUUGCCAACAUUAAGACGACCAAACAUGCUUCAUCAACACAAGAUCAAGGACACGAAAACACUACCAAACAUCUUGGCCAACAUCUUGAGAAGCACAACAACGCCAACUCACUAUCAAGUGACCACCAAGACCCCACUUCGUCAACUACUAUAGAAAAUGAAAAUAUCCCAACAACAACGUUUUUGACUCGAGAAACGGAGGCCUAUGACUUCUAG